AUGAGGGAUGGUGAGGAAACGCUUGACUGUCCAGAUCGGCCUUGAUAAGCCUAAGAUAAGUGAAAGACAAGGUAUGCACGCUGGUAACAUAGAUGUUGUUUUACCUGAGUGACGAGAAAAGACUCUAUCUGAGACAGCUAUCAUACAGCAGUUUGAAUCUUUAUGAGAGUUUAGUUUGAUAACUCCUGACUGUCGGUCAGCUGUUUUUAACCAAGAAAUGAAAAGUGAACAGAAUCAGAGGAAGAGUUAGAGAAACAUCAGCAAAGUCUGAGGAGCCAAGAAAUAAUUUACAACUAAAAACGUUGAUGUUUUCAAAUGUGGAGCAGGUUUUAACUGAAGCUUCGAUGUUAAACAGGAAACAAAGUUCAGAUUGACAGAGCUGCUCCUCGUCCUGGACUGAGUCACAGCUCCAUCAGCCCUCCAUCUUCUUCCUCCUCUCACACAGCAGCUCCACUCUGUCACUACAUUUCCUUGUUUCCUCCCCUUCAGAUCUGCAGUUUGUGGUUGGCUGUAACUGAGCUGACAGGUUUCAUUCGCUGCACAAACACACCCUGUUCAGAUCAGAGUUCAGACUAGUUUCAGUUAUCAGGAAGUGAAGCUCAGACAGUCGUUGUCACUGAGAGGUGAAAUGGAGCAGAAAGGAGUUCAGCUGGACCGAGAGACUUUCUCUUGUCCGAUCUGUUUGGAUCUACUGAAGGAUCCGGUGACUACUCCCUGUGGACACAGCUACUGCAAGAACUGUAUUAAAGACCACUGGGACACAGAGCAUGAGAAGAGGAUCUACAGCUGCCCUCAGUGCAGGAAGAGCUUCAUACCGAGGCCUGAGCUGCUGAAAAACACCAUGUUAGCAGCUUUAGUGGAGCAGCUGAAGAAGACUGGACUCCAAGCUGCUCCUGCUGAUCUCUGCUAUGCUGGAGCUGAAGAUGUGGCCUGUGAUUUCUGCACUGGGAGGAAACUGAGAGCAGUUAAGUCCUGUCUGGUCUGUCUGGCCUCUUACUGUGAGAAACACCUCCAGCCUCAUUAUGAUGUGGCUCCAUUAAAGAAACACAAGCUGGUGGAGCCGUCAGAGAAGCUCCAGGAGAACAUCUGCUCUCGUCACGAUGAGGUGAUGAAGAUGUUCUGCCGUACUGAUCAGCAGUGUAUCUGUUAUCUCUGCUCUGUGGACGAACAUAAAGGCCACGACACAGUGUCAGCUGCAGCAGAGAGGACUGAGAGGCAGAGAGAGCUGGAGGGGAGUCGACACAACAUCCAGCAGAGAAUCCAGGACAGAGAGGAAGAAGUGAAGCUGCUUCAACAGGAGGUGGAGGCCAUCAAUGGCUCUGCUGAUAAAGCAGUGGAGCACAGUGAGAAGAUCUUCACCCAGCUGAUCCGUCUCAUGGAGAAAAGACGCUCUGAUGUGAAGCAGCAGGUCAGAUCCCAGCAGGAAACUGAAGUGAGUCGAGUCAAAGAGCUUCAGGAGAAGCUGGAGCAGGAGAUCACUGAGCUGAAGAGGAAAGACGCUGAGCUGAAGAAGCUCUCACACACAGAGGAUCACAACCAGUUUCUACACAACUACCCCUCACUGUCAGCACUCAGUGAGUCUACACACUCAUCCAGCAUCAACAUCCGUCCUCUCAAGUACUUUGAGGAUGUGACAGCAGCUGUGUCAGAGCUCAGAGACAAACUACAGGACGUCCUGAGAGACACAUGGACCAACAUCUCACUGACAGUGACUCAAGUGGAUGUUUUACUGUCACCACCAAAAACCAUGACCAGAGCUGACUUCUUAAGAUUUUCAUGUGAAAUCACACUGGAUCCAAACACAGCACACAGACAUCUGUUAUUAUCAGAGGGGAACAGAAAAGCAACAGUGAGUCAACAUCAGUCUUAUUCUGAUCAUCCAGACAGAUUCACUGUGUGGAUUCAGGUCCUGAGUAGAGAGAGUCUGACUGGACGUUGUUACUGGGAGGUUGAGAGGAGAGAAGGAAGAGGAGGAGUUGGUGUAGCAGUCGCAUACAAGAAUAUCAGCAGAGCAGAGAACUCAUCUGAAUGUUUAUUUGGAUACAAUGACAAAUCUUGGAUGUUAUAUUGUUCCACAGACGGUUCUAACUUUUGGUACAACAAAGUCCAAACUCCCGUCUCAGGUCGUCGGUCCUCCAGAGUUGGAGUGUACCUGGAUCACAGUGCAGGUAUUCUGUCCUUCUACAGCGUCUCUGACUCCAUGACUCUCCUCCACAGAGUCCAGACCACAUUCACUCAGCCGCUCUAUGCUGGACUUAAGUUUGGCAGUUUGUUUUUUUCCUCUGGAGGCUCUGCUGAGUUUUGUGAACUCAAAUAGACUGAAGUCAUUUCAGGGUCAGUGGGUUAAAUUGUGUGUUUCAGUUCUUCAGACUUGUUGUGUUUCCAUCAUUGUUGCUGAGAGCUGAUUGUUGUGGCAUUUCUUCACUGCACACAGAUCACCUGUCAAUCAAACACUGUGGGCGGUACUUUGACGUCUUCUUGUUGUUCUGUAAAUGUUGGACUUUCUUCAGGCGGCGCUCCUUCCUGUGUCUGUUCAGCCACGGAGGCUCUCGCUGCUCAUGAUGACUUCACUUCACAUGAUCAUAAUCAAUAAGGAGAUGCUUCAUUAUUUGCUUGUACAUAGCUGAGAUUCUGCUCCAACACACUGACUGUGUGGAUGAAGUGAAUCUGUUCAUGAAAUCAUUGAACAAGAGUCGUUUAACAGACUUUACUGAUGGGACGUGUGAACAAACUUGAGAGUGUGUCCAUGUUUUGCUGUUUUGAACAAAGGACGGUUCAGAUUUUGAUUCUCUUCAUAUUUUGUUGUGUUCACUGAUUCUUCCAUAUUUUGAGGUGCGAGGCAACUCGUCUGUGAAUCGUACUAAACUUUUGUAUGUGUCAGAGAAAAUAGCAAUAAGACUAAUUAACAAGUUGGAUGAAAGAAAACACAGCAACAGACUGUUUAUGAUGCACUAAAGGACCACAUCUAGGGUAGUAAAAUAUUAAGAUAUUCCAAUUUUUAUUAAUUAGUUUAAUUCUAAACAAAGUGAAAUGCGUAUAUCACCCUGACCAUGACAUAACAGACUUCACUGAUGAUAUGUGUGAAUAACUGGAGGUUUAAAUCAUGAAUAAAUUAACAUGAACAAAGUCUUUUCUUCUUGUUGUCAUUCUAGGCUCUUGGAUCAGGGUUUAACACCCCUUUUCCACUGGUCAAAAAUCCUACUCAAACCCACUAACGUCAGGAUUUUAUGUGCAAUGUGAAUGUGUAAACUCUGCAUUUACACCCAGGUGAGUUGACUCUGUAGUAGACACGUGUUUUUAUCACCUUGGCUCAGCUGUGAUCUAAAUGUAAGACCUGGGUGAACGAGCUCCCCGGCACAAAGUGAUGACGUCUAUCAACAUCAGGUGGUGGUGCAUAAAUAAAGUAUGUGGCCUAUUAAAGACGUUUUACUACUGGACACGGCAUUUGAGGUGGAGUCCAGUUCAUUCCUAAGAAAGCUGCUCAGUGGUGUUUUUAAGCUAAAAAAGUUCGACUUCCUGAUCAUGAAAAUACCUCGAUUGCUGAUCGACUUCCGGUUUCGUGCCCGGCUAACUUGAAGGGACACAAAAACAUUUUAUCGUCCGGCUCUUGUAGACUUUUCAACUCAUAUUGGACCGAAUGGCUCAAAUCAUGACAGUGAAACGAGUCGUGUUGCUGCGGUUGUGACGCUCAGAAUAAUGUAUCCACCGUUUUACAGACGUGUCUUUCACAGUGGGUCUGUUGUUGUUUUGGGAAGUGGGAAUGGGGUCAAUAGGCGACAUUUCAUGGGUUCACCUGCAUUUAAAAUCUGGUGUAGACCCACUAGAUUUGGUGGAGAGGCGGCAUAAGUCAAAUUGGGAUCCAUUAGCGGUAGCCACGCUGCUAACACUAUCUUUGCGACAGCGGUAAUACGACAGGGUAACACUCGGAGCGACCUGGUCGACCUGGUCUUCACUGUCUCACUCGUCUCUUGUUUAUUUCAUGGCCAGACAGUCGUUCAGGUUUCCAUCUGAAUGUAGUGCAAAUGUUCA